AUGUGGGUCAUUUCUCGAGCUACACCCGUAGAUUUAGACUACGACAACAGUAAAAAAGUCAUAACCAAAAACCCCAAUCAACACCCUUUGGGACUCCACAACUCCAAUCAACAGUACACCUCCAUAUGCUGGGCAGAAUCGUUGAUAAUAACCGAAAACAAGCACACCAAAAACCAAACCGUCUCCAAAUCGUACUCCAUAAUUCUCGACACCCCUGAGAAGCUCCAGCAAAUGCACAACGAAGACGAGAACGUCACCUGCGUGGAAAUCCUAGAACGUAACUCCAAAGUCAAGGAGCAACUGAACUUCACCACGUUGAGGGAGGACGAGGACUCCAUCACCAAAGAGCGCAAAAGGUCCUUUUGCGGAGCCGGGCCCGUCCUGUCGCACCAUUUCAUCGUCUGGCCCAAGCUCAAUCGCAGACAGAUCGAGAUCAGCAUCAACCCUUUGAGCUCCACCAAGUGGAAGCACUGCCAAGACGCCGUCGGUGAUGAUGUCGAUGAUAAAAUCGAAUUGAAUUCUACUCCCAAAAGAAACGGCGGAAAAACCCGAAGCGUGGCCGAAGACGGCGAAGAAAUCAGCGACGGGACCUUCGAAGAGGCGCCGGCGUCGAAGGCGAAAAACAAGGUGGGCGCCGCGCACGGGGGCGGUCGGGACGAGGUGGUGGGACUCCCGGAGCCGGAGCUGAAGCCGCCUGCGAGGACGACGCCCAAGCCCAAGCCGAAGCCGAAGAGGACGCCGAAGAAUUCCGUGACGAAUCGGCGUUACAGGUGCCCGCAGGACCUGCUGAGCAUGUGCAGCAAGAUGCUGGCGAAGAGCGACAACCUGCUGGGCCACAAGAACAGCAAGGAGGCGGUGUUCGGGAAGUGGUUUUUUCUUAACUCCACUGACGUUAAGUUGGACAGUGAUUUGCCUUUUAAGAUGAAGAUUAAGAUGAUCGUCAUCGUGGAGAGUGUUGCCGACGAGAAGAAACGAUCUAAGUUGAUUUUAGAGGAGGAGUCUCUGUUUUAUCCCAACAUCAGGAAAUAUCAUAAUUAACAGACAAUAUCGUUAAACUUAGCUAAAAUAUUUAUCAAGCUCUGUACAAAUUAAAAACACGUAGUUAGCACAACAUUUUCAAUUAUUGUAUUUUUGAGGAAUAUUUUUAAAAGCGAAAAUAUAAUUUUAUAAUGUUUUUCUACUUUUUUUAUACGAG